AUGAACGGCGCGAACACCUCUGCGCGUCCUGCAUGGGGUGCCAAGAAGAGCGGCGCCUCUGCUCCACCGACAGAAUCAUCUUCGCGCGAACCCACGCCAUCAUCAUCAUCGUCGUCGUCGGCAUUUCCACCUCUAUCAUCACCACUAUCACGGCGUGGCUCAGCUCGUCCCAGUCCUUCGCCAUUAAGCAGCGACUCGUCGCUCAUCUCGAGCUCCUCCUUCAAUCCGUAUCCGACUCGUAGACAGGAGCUCGCCCUCCGUGCCGCCAGCCAUGGCACACGCAAACGCUCGCAUAUCACCCGCACCGAUCCGUCCACCUCGCGCAUUCACUCCUUGAUCGAAAACUCAUAUGACGAAGACGAUGCUAUCAUGCAUAACUACACUGAAGACGACGACAAUGAUGGUCAAGUGUCGUCGCGUGGCGCAACCAUGUCGUCAAUCGUCUUCCGCGAUUUGUCCACCUCUACUUCGACAGGUGCAUCCAGCUUGCCUUGGCAACAAGGUAGCUUGAGUCCAGGCUUGGCCAUGUUUGCAACGACAACGUUUGGCGGAGAGCCACUGAGAGUGCUAGCCAACGUAGACGAAGAGUUGGGCGCAGCACAUAUGGGGCCGAGGAUCUACAAGCGGCACAAUCAGAAACAUGUGCGUAACAAGGUCAAGGCCAAGAUUGAUGCGAGUCACACGGUUGGUAUGCGAAAUGCUCCGGAACUACCGAUGCAAACGAGCGCUGAGCGCAUCCGCCCAAUGCCGGGGGAUUCUCCAUCGCAAGCAAGGGCGGGCAUGACGACGGGGGAGCAAGAAUAUUUGAGACGAGUCGACUUGCCGAAAUUGGUCGACGAGUGUAGGCGGUGUCACAACAUAACGGCCAUUCAGCGGAGAGCUGCUGAUGAUAAGGCAUCCUCGUCUAGCGACCAAGAGAUGGCACCGUUCUUGACAUUGCUGGCAGCGAUCAAGCUUAGACUUGCCGACCCUGGGACGUGGGUUUCUUCGAGCCGGCAUGCUAUCAUUUCGGACGAUCUUCUGCCCAUCGGGCUCCAAGGACACUCUCCUAUCGACUUUUCCUUUCUGCCUCCUCACAUGCUCGUUGGAUUGCGCCAAUCUGUAUUGCAAGGCCUUAGCCAUCUUCUGGAUGCAUUACUGGAAUCGAUGCGACACGAACUCGUUGAAACGCUCUCUCGACUUCUUCGCAUGCGCUCAUUGCGUCCUACGAGCACCGAAAAUGCGGAUUUGAAAUCUACACUUCAGCAAACGUUUCUGCGAAUUCUCGAAAUAUUUGACCGUCUGCCCGUUGGAUCAAGCAUGACACCUGUUGAGCUGCUUUCCGACGUCUUGAAGCUCAUUAAUGCAGAAACAGGUUCAGACGCGCUCGUUGACCUAGUCGGCGAACUUGUCGGGCUUUGCGGUCAACAGAUGUCUUCCGAUCCGUCGAUACUCACCGAGACGCAGGAUCGAACGCUCGUCACCGCUGCAUCGUUCCUCUCGUUGUGCUUCACACUCAACUCCUCUCGACCGGCCCGUACGCGCUUGCCGGCGCAUGCGUUUUACUGCACAGUCCUCGACUUGGCUCCCUUUGUCGAGCAUUUCAUCCACCAUGUUGCUUCGCUCGUCCAUUCCGGCGCGACUCCCACAGCAGGAUUGGCUAGGUUCAACAUUUGCGCUUGGCCGUUCCUGCUCUCACUCGGCGCCAAGGUCCGAAUCCUGCAGUUCGAGAAUGAAGUUCGCCUCAGUCGCACACGCGUUCGUGAGUCUUGUCAAGCUCAGCGCUUUACUCUUGGCUCGUCCAAGGAGGACGAGAAAGCAGAGCUAGUGGUGAUGCCGAACAGUCUCAACCUUCGAAUCGAUAGGCAUGCAGCAUGGCGCCAAAGCAGAACGCUGCUGCUACAGCUUCUCGAAUCAGGUGCGCACGUGCGUGGGCUCAGAGUGGAAUUUGCCGGCGAGCAAGCGGCGGAUGGAGGUGGACCGGCUCGCGAGUGGUUUGCUACCGUCGCUUCCAACUGUUCGUUUCGGGAUGUACUAGGUCCACACGGCUGGUUCAUCGCUACUUGCCCGGUUCAGGAAAAGGAGAGCCAAGACGCGGCUGCAUUUCUCGGCAUGCUGCUCGCGCUUGCAGCGUUACACACGACCAAACUCGCGCUUCCUUUCUCGCUGCCAUCUGUAGCAUUCAAGAUCGCCAACGCGCCCAAGCUCGAACAAGUGCAGCUAACACCGGUCGAUCUGGAGUUUGCCGACCCAGCACUGGCAAAGAGUUUGCAAUCUGUGCUGGAUUGGACCCUGACAGAUCAGGGUAGAGAACAAGACGCGGACAAACUGUUUGACAGCACCUUCUCGCUCAGUUGGAGUACCAACAUCUGGACAGCGCAAGACGGGGUCAAAACGGUAGAUUUGAUUCCCGGCGGAAGGCAUCGCGCUGUCAAGGUGCGCGAGAGGCGCGAGUUUGUUUCCAAGCUGAUCUCGCGCGUUCUCAUAGGCUCGGUGAGUGAACAGGUGAUGGCUUUCCGAGAUGGCUGGCAGAGCAUCAUGGCUUCUCACUGGCUCAGCGGAGCACCCGCAGCUGGCGUCAAGUCUGCAUCAGACGUUCUGAGCAGAGGCGGUGCAGCUCUCUCGCUCUUCAGUCCGGAAGAGAUCAACCAGGCAAUCGUAUCGGUCGCCUCGUCGUCCACCGCUGACCUUGCAACCGCGUUAGACGUAGCCGAUAUCAAAGUUUCUACCGAACUCAUCCUUGCCACUUCUGCUGACAGAGACCGAGGAGCGCGAGUGGCAGAAUGGUUCUGGACCACGUGGUCCACCUUGGCUCCUCAUCGUCAGCGUCGAUUGCUAGCCUUUAUCACGGGCGCGCAAGACGUACCUGCAAGCGGAGCUAGAGGAAUCGGACUGCGUAUACACCUCGUCAAUCCUAGUGUCGAUGACGCAACAGAUGGCGACGCACGAUCGUGGCCAUUGCCUUGGUCUUCCACGUGUACAUCUACGCUCUUCCUACCCGUGUAUCCGGCCAAGCAGGUUUUGGAGGACAAGCUGAACGUCGCUAUCGAGCAUUAUCAAGGUUUUGGGCUGCGCUGA